AGUGCCAUUCUGAUGAUGAUUUUUGUCUUGUCUUUAGUUGUACUUAUUGGAGACUCUGGUGUGGGCAAGAGUAAUCUCCUUUCUCGAUUCACUCGCAAUGAGUUUAACUUGGAAAGCAAAAGCACUAUUGGAGUGGAAUUUGCAACCAGAAGCAUUCAAGUUGAUGGCAAGACAAUAAAGGCCCAGAUAUGGGACACAGCAGGACAGGAACGGUACCGAGCUAUAACAUCAGCGUACUACCGUGGAGCCGUUGGGGCUUUGUUGGUUUAUGACAUUGCCAAGCACCUUACCUAUGAAAAUGUGGAGCGAUGGUUGAAAGAGCUGAGAGACCAUGCUGACAGUAACAUUGUCAUUAUGCUGGUGGGUAAUAAGAGUGAUUUGCGUCACCUGCGGGCAGUCCCUACGGAUGAAGCCAGAGCUUUUGCAGAAAAGAAUGGCUUGUCGUUUAUUGAGACAUCUGCUUUAGACUCUACGAAUGUGGAAGCUGCUUUCCAGACUAUCCUGACAGAGAUCUAUCGUAUUGUUUCUCAGAAGCAAAUGUCAGACAGACGUGAAAAUGAUAUGUCUCCAAGCAACAAUGUGGUUCCCAUCCAUGUCCCACCAACCACCGAAAACAAACCAAAGAUGCAGUGCUGUCAGAAUAUAUAAGAUUUGUUUCUUCUUUCCAAAAAGGCUGUGUAUAUUCCCCAGGUCCAAGAUUUAAAUAUAUUUGUAAUUCUUGUGGUUACUACUUUGUGUUCAAUUACUUCCUCAUAUUCCUUCUGAUUUUUCCCAUGUCUUAACACUUUGAUUUUAGUGUUAAAAUCAUUAUUGCUUCCAAAUGGCUGCAGCAUUUUCACAACUCUGCCUCACCAGUCUUUAGAAUUUCAAACUAUGUAUUAAACCAAUGGAUUAUUUUCCAACCUGACCACCACCAGUUGGGAUACUAGAAUGCCAUUUUGUAAUCAAAAUGUUAAUGCCUUGUUGACCAGCAGUGUGAAUUCUGACCCUUGCAAAACCAUUGCUGUCACUGUUAGUGACCCUGGGCUACUGAAAUUAGAUCAUCUUUCCCCACCUCCAGCUGUUACACAUUACAUCCAAAAAUGGCUCAUGAAACACCUAUUGCUCUUAAAUUACAGUAAAGCUAAAUGUGUUGGUUACAUCUUGAGGGGGCCAAGGCAUGUGGGGUUGUCUUACUAAAUAGUGUGGCAAAAAUGAUUCUUGCUUUGCAAAGAAGCUGCAGCCUUCACUGUGUGCAAUGGGGCUCUUGAGUUCUAAUAGCUGUGCAAAUGUGGUCAUGUUAGGCAGUGCUGCUGUGAGGCUGAAAUGGGAGAUUAUGGUGGAAUCUCCUUCAAGGUGCCUCUUGUGAAAUAAGACAAAGCAACAUGAGCUAAAUAAUGGAUUCACUAUUCUCUGAUAUUUGAACUUGCAGCACUAUGUGUUGCCCAGGAAUUGGACUCCAUGGUACUGAUGGUAUCAGGGGAUGGGAAAGUUCUUCCUUUCCACAAUGAAGAAAACUUGAAGGCUGCUGUAUCAUGUAUCUGUAGUUUUAUAUUUGCAAAUGCUUAAGGCUGGGUCACCAACUUCAAUGAUGUCAAAAUAAUUUAUAAAGGAAUCUUGCCACAGUGGCUCCAUUCCAUUGGUUAAUAUAAUAUGAAUAGCUUCCUUAUUGAAAGUGUGUGGCUAAUGACUGAUUUCAAUACAAGUCAGCGUAGUUGACUUCAAGGAUGAUGCGGUUAUGAACUGUGCCUUCUGCCACUACACUUUUGAAAGCACCGCAUAACACCUUCUCAUCCUAGAAUUCUCCUCUUAGUGGUUUGAAUUGUUGGCACUUAAAAAUGUGUACAGUAUGUAAAAAGCUAUGAAAAAAUGUGAGGGGGGGGGAAAGGGAGUUUGGGGAAACAUUCCUCAGAUACUGAUACAAUCACCUUGGAACAUCUGUGUGUGGGCAUACACAAAUUGCUGCAUUUCUUAGCAAUCUUUCUGUCUUGCGGUGCUCAUGAUGUGUAAGGCGCACGGAAGGCAUUGCUGUAGUCAGUCAUAUUUUUUUCAAUAGAUUUCUCCUCUUAGUGUAUCAGUUCUGGAGAUGGUAUUGGAUCUGUUUGUAAAUUACUUUGUAUUUUAUGCACGUUCUGUAACUUGGUUCUUUUUUUAAGGUUGAUUUGAUUUAAAGUAUCAUUCACGCUAAUAAAGAAUUACGGGGGACUAUUCCA